GUCGUCUCUCUCGUGGACGCCGCGUUCGUCGACGACGAGUGCUUCAUGCUCACGGCGCGUCUGCCCAAGGAGCUGGACGCUGCCAUCGACGUCGUGCUGCACGCGGUGUGUGACAUCUACGACCGCCUGAACCUGACCAUCAAUUGGAAAGUGGGCAAGUCCGAGUGCUUCCUCACGCACCGAGGCCACGGGGCCACCGCCCGGCUACAGCGGCGCCGGGUGCUUCCCGACGGAGGUCUUGCAGUCGCUGUACCCCGGCCUGGGGCACUACUGCUGGCGGUCACCACCUAUAAGCACCUUGGCGGCGUGGUGAGCGCCACUGGCGCCGCGGCCCCAGGCGCCAACCACUUGAGACAGCAGGCGGCCAUGAGCUAUGGGCCUCUAGCGAGCAAGGUUUUCGGCUCGGCGGUCGUGGACGCCAGCUUGAAGGUCUGGCUCAUGCACUCGUUGGUCCUCAGCCGCCUCCUCUUCAACGUGCACGUGGUCGUCCCUACGAGGCGAUAUCUGCAGGUGCUCAACGGCAUGUACAUGCGGGUGCUCCGACGAGUCGGCGACGCCCCGCGGUUCGGCCACUCCGAAACGGACCUCGAGAUACCGCGCCUGCCCUGGGUCACUCUGCUUGUCUCCGACCUGGGCAAGCUCCGCGAGCUCGUUGCCCUGUGCAGCACGCUGCCGCCGCCGGAGGGUACUGCGAGCGCUUGGGUGACGUUCAUCGGCGACUCCCCAGCGCGCUGGGCAAAUGCCGUGAGCAUGUUGUUUUUCACCGACUCUUGCUGUGACCGUGGCGGCGCCGCUCCAGUCGGAGGCGGCACCCGCCCAUUUGCUUGCCACCAGUGCGACGCGCGCUUCGCGACAGCGAAGGCGCGUGACCAGCAUCUCAGAAUUCGAGAUCAUGUCCGGUGCUUACAGAGAAGCUACGCCAGCGCUGAUGCGACCUGCCCGGUGUGCCACACCGCGUUCGGUUCACGCCUGCGGUUGUUGUCGCACCUUUGCGACUCCCGCCGGCCGGCGUGCUGGGAAGCCGUUCGUGCUUCCCCAGCCCACUACCCUCCGCUACCUGAGAAGCAGGUCGCUGAGCUUGACGACCUUGACAAGGUGCAGCGCCGCGAGGCUCAGCGUCAAG